AUGAUUGAAUAUUUGGAAAUUAUUUCAGAUUAUAAGAAUGCUGCUCCUGGAUUGUGGCAACACGAAUAUGAUAAACAUGGAACGUGUGCUGCACAAUUACCUCAAUUCUCAAGUAAUGCAGUUCGUGAUUAUUUUCUUCAAUCAAUCAAAUUGAGAAAGAGUAUGUCAAUUUUACCAUCCCUCAAGAAACAAAACAUUGUUCCAUCCAAUACCACAACCUAUGACAUUAAAUUCAUGAAGGAAGGAUUCAAAGCCAGUGGAUUUGGAACACCUGCUCUCGUUUGUUACAAUAGUUCCAUAUUGGUAGAGGUCAGAUUUUGUCUGAAUAAGGAAUUGAGUUUUAUUGAUUGUCCAACACAAGUUGGAGAUCAAUGCAAAGCCAAUAGCGCCAUUACUUUUGCCAAAACUGCAUUUGCCUCCAAUGAACAUGAUACUGCAGUGGCUGUGAUUGGUUCCUUCUUUGCAUUCAUUGUUCUACUUUUGGUUUGUUUUGGAUUGGCUAUGGUUUGCAGAGGAGUGAUGGUUGCCAAGAAGAAUUACGUAGUUCUAUGA